UGCAGUUUUUGGAGACUUUGACUCUCCCUUGAGCUGAGAUUGAAGGGCAACCUGCCAUAUAGAGUAAAACUGCUAUACAGACAUGAUAAAUGAAGAAUAUCAGAUGAUAAAAUGCAGGGAGGAAAACAAACAGACACACAAUUAUUGUACUAUGAUGACUAACAAUAGAUUAUGAAUGAACAAUAAAGCAGGGGUUUGUUGAAUUGACUGAAUCAUCCUGCAGGGUUGCCAGGCAUGCAUGCAGAAAAAAAGCCCAGUCCAAAACUCAAACUCUACCCCUUUAAAAAAGCAAUCGAAUUUAUGAAAUUACACACUUUCAUUUGUAUAUUCACUAUAUUUUUGUAUAAAACACCAGAAUUUAACAAAUAUGAAAUAUUGUAAUAUUUAAGUAUUACAAAGAGAGCAUGAAGUAUUGCCAUAUAUAUUAUAUUAUGUAUCACAAAAUGUAUACAUUACGUAUUACGUGUUGUCAUUUUUCUAAAACUAAUAACACGAAAGUGAGUAAACAGUAACAAAAUGCUCUGAUGUUAUGUUAAUGUGAAAGUGACCCAACAAUGCAGGAUAUUGAGGAUCUGGCAUCCCUUCCGGCAGUUGCAGUGACCCUCCUCUCCACCGGAUGUCGCUGAUGUCCCAGUGAACAGACCCCUCCCAAUGUCCAAACUCUUCGGUUCUUUUUAAACCUGCCCAAAAGGGUGUGUUUUAUUGUCGUAUAUUUACUCCGCGUCUCACGCUUCUCCGCCAGAGGAUUAAAUCCGACUGAAUGAUCGGACGCACCGGCAAAACUCACCGAUCGCACCGGCAAAACUCACCGAUCGCAUCCUUAAAGGGGCAGUCACGCGUACGGCGGAAGACCGAUCAGCGCGCGGCGUCAUUCGGAGUUCAUGCGACUUUUUGCGUUGUUCGCAUCGGACAGGACAGAUGAGAUCUGACAUUGAGAUGAUCGAGCGCAAAAAUGCCUGAUCGGACCCGUUGGAUGACAUCGAACCGGCAUUGAUUCGUCAUCUUUACUGUUGUCAUUGAAUGUCCUUUUCCCGCCGCGUUUCUGAGGAGACGAAGAUGAUGCUCUUGACGUUUGAGGCAGAACGUAAACCUCGCGCGCUUCUACAUUUCAGACACAGUGCAGUCAGUGUUUUAAAAGGAAUGUUUUAACAUUGAUGACGUUUGAUUGUCUUCUUCCUCGCCUUUUAGACAGGGGGUGGGUCACAUUGCGGUCGUGGAAGUUGUUGGCAGGGUUUUAUAUGUGAGGCUGCACACAUACCUGCUCGUAUUUCCGGGUUUUUCGCUCAGGUGUGAAGCUCAGGUGAAGUCGACAGGAAGUUGGAAACUCAAUCUGAAGUCAUAAAAUGAUGCGGGAGUUAUCCAUUAAGUUACUUAACGUUGCCUCAGAAUCAGCUCGCGCAUCGGACGACCUGGUCAGAUAAUAUCGUGUCAGUACAUCAGACCUCUAUCAUGGAUCGGCUCACGCGCACAACGUUUAUCCUCUUCCUCGUGCUGGUGGCCAGUUUGUUGCCUCUCGGGGGUCACGCCAGCUCACCGGAGAUGGGAUCCGGUAACGAAAAAGUGCCUGAUCACGGUAACGGGGACACCGGUCACAAAGCCAACUACACGAAAAAGGCCUUUCCGGUUCUGUCAUUCGAUUAUAAAAACGUUCGUGUCCCCUUUGAGAUCUCUUUAUGGGUCCUGCUGGCGUCCCUCAUGAAGUUAGGGUUUCAUCUGAUUCCACGAGUCUCAAAUAUCGUACCCGAGAGCUGUCUGCUCAUCGUGGUAGGUCUGCUGAUCGGUGGUCUUAUUAAGUUGGUGGGCGAGGAUCCCCCAGUGCUAAGCUCCAAGAUCUUCUUUUUCUACCUGUUGCCUCCCAUAAUUCUGGAUGCGGGCUAUUUUCUACCGAUGCGGCCCUUCACAGAGAACCUGGGCACCAUCCUCAUGUUUGCGGUGGUGGGAACUUUGUGGAAUGCGUUCUUCAUCGGUGGAGUGCUGUACGGCGUGUGUCAAUUGAAGGGCGUUCACCUGGAGGACAUGGACCUUCUGUCGUGUUUGCUGUUUGGCUCCGUCGUCUCUGCUGUAGACCCCGUGGCCGUCCUGGCCGUGUUCGAGGAGAUUCACAUUAAUGAACUGCUCCACAUCCUGGUGUUCGGAGAGUCUCUACUGAAUGACGCCGUCACUGUGGUUCUUUAUCAUCUCUUUGAGGAGUUUAGUAGCGUGGGCAGCAUCACUGUCACAGAUGUGUUUCUGGGUAUCGUAUGUUUCCUGGUGGUGUCGUUCGGCGGCAUCAUGGUGGGAGCUAUAUAUGGAAUCCUGUCGGCGUUCACGUCACGCUUCACCUCUCACACCCGUGUCAUCGAGCCGCUGUUCGUCUUCGUCUACAGCUACCUGGCGUAUCUCUCCGCAGAGGUGUUCCACCUGUCGGGCAUUAUGGCUCUGAUCGCAUGCGGUGCUGUCACGCGUCCCUACGUGGAGGCCAACAUAUCCCACAAAUCCCACACAACCAUCAAGUACUUCCUGAAGAUGUGGAGCAGCGUCAGCGAAACGCUCAUCUUUAUCUUCCUGGGCGUGUCCACAGUGGCAGGGAAGCACAGCUGGAACUGGACAUUUGUGAUCUCUACGGUCAUUCUCUGCCUGGUGGCCCGUGUUCUGGGUGUCAUCGGCUUGACCUUGGUGAUCAAUAAGUUUCGUAUUGUGAAACUGACCACUAAAGACCAGUUUAUCAUUGCUUACGGCGGCCUGAGGGGGGCGAUCGCGUUCUCUCUGAUUUACCUCCUGGACAAAGACCAUUUCACCAGGAAAGAAAUGUUCCUCACGGCCAUCAUCACCGUCAUCUUCUUUACUGUGUUUGUGCAGGGUAUGACCAUUCGACCUCUGGUUGACCUUCUGGCGGUGAAGAAAAAACAAGAAACCAAGCGAUCUAUCAACGAAGAGAUUCACACACAGUUUUUGGACCACCUGCUGACUGGCAUCGAGGACAUCUGUGGACAUUACGGACAUCAUCACUGGAAAGACAAGCUGAACCGCUUCAAUAAGAAGUAUGUGAAGAAGUGUCUGAUAGUGGGGGAGCGUUCAAAAGAACCGCAGCUCAUUGCUUUCUACCACAAGAUGGAGUUUAAACAGGCCAUCGAGCUGGUGGAGAGCGGCGGCGCUUCAAAACUUCCCUCUGCUAUGCCAUCCACCGUAUCCAUGCAAAACAUCCAACCCAAGAAGGCGACUCAGGAGAGAGCGCUGCCUCAGGUCUCUAAAGCCCGCGAGGAGGAGAUCCGAAAGAUCCUGCGUACAAACCUGCAGAAGACCCGUCUGAGGCUGAGGUCGUACAAUCGACACACUCUGGUGGCUGAUCAGGAUGAGGACGGAUGGGAUGAUUUCCUAAUUAAACGCAACAGGAUUAAGGAUCUGGAAAAGAUAUCACACGUGACUAAUCACCUCACCGUUCCAGCUCCGCCCCCUGAUUCACCGACCAUCGCACGAGCGCGUCUGGCUUCUGACCCCCAAGCCUGGGGCAACAAACAUGUGACCGAGGACAUCAAACCUGUGACCGGGGGCAUCCCUACCAUCAAGGUGGAACUGGCAUCUCCGCAGUCUCCAGAGUCUGUCUGUGUGGUGGAUGAAUUCAAGAAAGACAGCAAUGAGCAGGAGGACGGUCUGGUCAUGAAACCCAUGUCUCUGGUCUCAAAGAAAGACGGGACCGGCGAGGACGACAUAGAGCCGCAGCAGCGUCUGCAGCGGUGUCUGAGUGAUCCGGGACCCAGCGCUGAGGAGGAGGAAGAUGAGCCCUUCCUCCCGUGAGCCAGCCGAUGGCCGUUAUUGAGAGGCUGAGGGAUCCCUCAGCUUCCUCUGAGACGCACGAGACUUACAGAGCGUCUUUAUAUCACACGCGAAUGGAGGACAGAUUUAUUCUGCAGGAAGCCAAAUUAAGAACGUCAGGGAGAGGAAAGAGACGAACCAAAAAUAAAAUAAAAACGAGCGAUCAAAAUCAGCCAUUUAUUGUUUAUUAAAUUAUCUUCUUUUUUAACUCGACACCAUGUCGUAACCAGAAACAGUGUGGCAACGAUAAAAACAUGGAUAAAACAAACGCUAACAGUUCAAAUUCGCUCUGUAUGACUUGUGAAUGUUUAUUUUCAGAGCCGGUAGAAGUCUUUGAUUUGAACACCCAGAGUACACACACAGUGUUAAAUAAUGAGUGCACUCACAAUAAAAGUGUGCAAAAUGCAUUUCAAAAUUGAAUGAAAUAUGAGUGAAUGCAAAAACGUGAGUCUUACACGGCAGACAUUAUAUGUCAAAUUCAGCGUUUCUCAGUUCGAUCUUGUCGCAUCACGUCUGGUUAAGACAAGGUGUAGUUUAGUUUUGUUGCGGGAUAAACACAUUAAUGAUGGAGAAGAGAUCUAUGCAUUACCAAAGGUUGGCACUGUUUAAUUUCACACUAGAUUCAGGUUAUUGUUGUUUUUAAAGCAUCGAUUGCAUACAUUACACUUUUGUGUUUUUUAGGACAUGAGUUGCCUUGAUUUUUUUUAUUUGAUCAGGAGUGAAUUAUGUUUUCUGUUUGACCUGGAGGGUUUUAAACUUCAGGAGCAAUAUAAAACGAGACACGUUAUUGCCUUUGUAUAUUUGUGGGACGUGUGCAGGACCAUCAGAAAUAUCUAUCUGAACCACCAGUUUCAUAUGUUGUGAGCUGUUUGUUUGUACUUUAUUUAAUGACAAAGAUGAUUUUCGUGGAAUUAUUCUGCUUUCCCUUUAAAAGCACUUGAGCGCUUUGGUCAUGACAACACAGAGAGUGAUCUUAUACUCUGAACGCUGCGUUAAAGGAACAGUUCAUCCCAAAUCAAAAAUUCAGUCAUUAUUUACUCGCUCUCAACCCUGCAUGCUGUUUUUUUAUUGCAGGAGACACUUAAGAAUUAAGGUGCUAGCAACGCCAAUAUCAUGCUUUUUAUUCCCUGCGAUCACAAACAGCAAAUGUUAAGCUCACGUGCAUGCAAGAUGCUUUAAAGCACCCAUAAAUGUAAAAACACGUUUAUUUUCAGGGGAAAACGGUAGAUGGGUUUUAGAUAUUCAUGAGGGCCAGUAAAUAAUGACAGAAGUAUACAUUUGCUCCUUCACAACAUUUGCACCGAGUGAACUAGCGCUCUCCUUUAGAUGAGGAGAUCCAGACAUGUCCUUGUUCCAUUCUCCCAGUGCAGGACGUAUUUUAAAAUGAAUUUAUAAAACAUAUAAUGUAUCCCAAUCUAUUUUGCAUGCACAGAGAGUAGACUAGACGUAUUUUAUUGUGAGCUAUGUUGAAAAAAAUCAAUAUAUUUUACAUGUGAACUCUAAAGAUCCAUUGAUGUCUAUGAUGUGCUUUGAAGUAUUAAUGCCAACAGACUCAAAGUCCUUUCUUCAAACUUUCUGUGCUUGUUUUGCCUUCGUGUAUGAUUCUUUUGCCUUUAAAAUAGAUGUCUGUGUCACCUUGGUGUGAAAAGUGCCGGUUCAUUCUAAGAGGCAGACUUAUGUUGGUCCUGUUUAUUUAACCUUACUCAGAACGUAGAGUCCAUUCCAGGUCGAGUAGUCGUGAUGUGAACAGACUUCGGUAUUCACGAGAGUUUUCAGUUCACAUUAUAUUUCGUUCUUGAAACAGAGCUACUUACUUAUAUAAUACCAAAAAAAAUUAUUUAAAUGAUAUUUUGCAGUGACUGUGCCGGGUUUGGGAGAAUAUCAAGAGUAGAAUUGAGCUAAAUGCCUUUUUAAAACGUGUUAAAUAGAGCUGAAACACUUGACAAACACUCAGUAGAGAGGUGUGGAUUAUGCCGACAUGUGUAAACAACACAUUUAAAUCCAGUGGAAAUAUGCAGGUGUGGAUGGUGUGGGUUGGCCCUCUGGCUCUUUCUGGGGUUGGUUUUGAAUGCGGGUGUUCUCAGUAUUAAUAAGUGUGGUUAUAAAUUGGAUUUGCAUAUCGACUCGUCUGAUUCUUUUAUUUUCCUUUUAUCUUUUAAAUAUCUCAGUCUUGAGGUUAGAAUUUUCUUGUUAUAUGCAUUUAAUUAAUGCCUCUCUGUGAGGUGCCUCGGAAAACAUCCUUUACUUGAUAUUUGAUUUAUAACAGCUUUAUUUUGCAAUGCCUUAUUUUGCCUUCAGUUGCCUUUUGAGUUUGUUUUUACAAAUGAAUGUUUUGUGGGUUUUGUGCGUCUGUUGUGCAUGCUUGUAAGCGGAAGCUGCUGUGUGUAAGAUUUGUGUGUUCAUCUAUAGACCAGUGCGGGUUUUGAACACGGAUUUUAAAAUCUUAAAUCUUCCAGAUGCUUCAUAUGACCGUACAUGCUCUUUAUUUCUCAUAUCACUGCUUAUUGUUUAGUUGUUUGUUUGUAUUUUUAAUAGGAAGUGAUGUAAAAUGCAGACAAAGGUACAAAUGUGCCUUUUUUUUGUGUCAAGACGUGUUAAUACUUGUCCUGGUUGUGCUUACUUUAUUCUGACAGGCAAAAAGCAUGUGAUUUAAUCCCAAACUUUAUCUUUAGUUUCAGAAUUUAUUCAUGGGGUGAAAUUAGGGUUUUAUAUUGGUUUAGGAUUAUUAGUGUUGAACUGGAUUUUAAAGGUUGUGUAUUAUUUCUGUGCUAUAUAGGACCAUCUAAUGGAUAAUAAAUAACUAAACUAAAGAAACGUUCAGACAAAGUUUGAAUGUUGACUUGACAAAGCUGUGGCAGAAAAAUGUUAGAGAAGCCCUGAAGUUUAUUGGUCAUAAUUGGAUGUUGCAAUGUGCCAUGUUCGUCGAGUGAAAGCUUUAGGAGUUUAACUUGGGGGAAAUUUUGUUUUGUAGUUCAUAAAAACGAUGAAAAGAGUCCAAUUUCAAACACACCCGUGUUCAACCAAACAAAAGCUGUUGGUUAAACAAACUUGGUUUAAACCUUGGAAUUUUAUUAUUGGAACUUAAAUUAAACGCUUUUAACUCUGAAAUGUACUUUCUUUAUUAUUUCUUAUUGAAAUUCAUUCAAAUGUUCGUGAAAUUUGCUCUGUUUUCACAAGGACACCAAAUUCACAGUAAAGAAGCAGUUUGCAUGUGUGAAGGGCUGAAGAGUUUUGGUUGGUGUGCAGUAUGGUAACUGUUGGCUUGUUUUCUCUGUGUUCCAGUAGACCUUGAAGACGUGUCAUCUCUUGUCUGUCUGUGUUACUCUUCAUUCAGUCUGGAGGCAAAAGCACUUUAUCAUAAGAGAACCUUUAAACCAUUUAAAAUAUAGCAAUAACUAAAGCCAUUCUGUGUGAAUAUAUGGUUAUCUCUGAUGAGAAGAGCAGAUGUUUACUGAUGGCGUUGUUGUGUUUGGGUUUACUGAUGUGCUUUGUUUAGACAUGUUUCAGCGUGAUGUUUGUCUGAAUGUUCCUUAUCUAUUGUUAAAGUAAAUCUAGCCCUCUUUUGACUGGACUCGACUGAUAUUGUGCUUAUAUUCUCCAUCAAAUAUUUAUUUUAUAUACAAUGGGAAAUAAAAUCUAUAUCAAAAUGUAA